UUACCUGCGUGGCUGUGGACGCGAACCUGCGGAGCGCUGCUCCGGCUCAGCGGCCACCGCUCCGCUGAUAAGCGCGAGGAGAAGCUCGCAGUGCGGCAGUCGUUGGAGCGGACGGAGCGGCAGCUAUGCGAUGGUUAGCCACGGAACCCGGAAGUAGGCUAGCCGUUGGCUAACAUCUAGCGGCUAACGCGUUUGUUCUCGUCGGUGGAGCCGACCGCCACCUCUCGAACAGGCGCCCGGAGUGUGAGUGACCACGACAAGCGCAGCCGGCCUCGCCAUGGGUCAGGACAGGGGCAAGUACGACUUCUACCUGGGCCUGGGGUUGGCCGUCAGCUCCAGCAUCUUCAUCGGGGGCAGCUUCAUCCUCAAGAAGAAGGGACUCCUGCGGCUGGCCAGGAAGGGCUCCAUGCGGGCAGGCCAAGGCGGCCAUGCAUAUCUGAAGGAAUGGCUCUGGUGGGCUGGUUUACUGUCCAUGGGAGCCGGUGAAGCGGCCAACUUCGCGGCGUACGCCUUUGCUCCGGCGACCCUGGUGACCCCGCUGGGAGCGCUCAGCGUGCUGGUCAGCGCCGUGCUGUCCUCGCACUUCCUGACGGAGCGGUUGAACCUGCACGGGAAGCUGGGCUGCCUGCUCAGCAUCCUGGGCUCCACCACCAUGGUGAUCCACGCGCCCAAGGAGGAGGAGAUCAGCAGCCUGGAGCACAUGGCCGAGAAGCUGGUCGACCCGGGGUUCUUCGUCUUCGCCACCCUGGUCAUCAUCGUGGCGCUCAUCUUCAUCUUCGUGGUGGCUCCCCGCCACGGUCAGACCAACAUCCUGGUCUACAUCACCAUCUGCUCGGUGAUCGGCGCCCUCUCGGUGUCCUGCGUCAAGGGGCUGGGCAUCGCCAUCAAGGAGGCGGUCGCCGGCCACAGCGUGGCGAGCAACCCGCUGGCGUGGAUCCUGCUUCUGGGCCUGGUGGCGUGCGUGAGCACGCAGAUCAACUACCUGAACAAGGCCCUGGACAUAUUCAACACCUCGCUGGUGACGCCCAUCUACUACGUGUUCUUCACCACGUCCGUGCUCAGCUGCUCCGCCAUCCUGUUCAAGGAGUGGGGUCACAUGGGCGCCGGCGACGUGAUCGGCACGCUCAGCGGCUUCCUCACCAUCAUCGUGGGCAUCUUCCUGCUGCACGCCUUCAAGGACGUCAGCGUCAGCCUGGCGUCCCUCGCCGUGUCCAUGAGGAAGGAGGAGCGGGCGUCCCCCGCCGCCGCCGCCGCCAACGGCACGGCGUCCCACUACGACCUGCUGCGCGGCGAGUCCCCCGAGGACAUGGAGACGGGUCCGCCUUUCGAAAGCGUCUCCAGGAGGAACGGGGCCAUGACUUUGUGUGAUCAUUGAGGAGUUGUUUUGUUUUUAAGCUGCCUGCUGAGGCUACGUUUUGACAAUCAACUGUGUGGGG